AACCGCAACACGCUCCUAGUUGAAAAAAAAAUCUAGCUGCGUGGUGUGAAGAGCUGCCCGAGUGCUAAUUAAGUAACUUUUGUACAUUGUUUCCGUUUCCGAAAACCCACAUCGCCCAUCCAACAUGGUGUACCAAGUGAAAGAUAAGAACGACCUCGAUGGACAGCUGACCAAGGCGGCUGGCAAGCUGGUGGUGCUGGACUUCUUUGCCACCUGGUGCGGUCCCUGCAAGAUGAUCUCGCCCAAGUUGGCCGAGCUCUCCACGCAGUACGCCGACAACAUCGUCGUCCUGAAGGUUGAUGUGGACGAGUGCGAAGACAUUGCCAUGGAAUACAACGUCUCCAGCAUGCCCACCUUUGUGUUCGUCAAGAACGGCGUCAAGGUCGAGGAGUUCGCUGGAGCCAACGCCUCGCGUCUGGAGGAUGUCAUCAAGGCCAACAUCUAAGAGGGCAGCGCGUAGACGUCUGGCCGUCCCUUUGAUCCACCUAUGAGUUCUCUUCAUAACAUUUAGUUAAUUAUUCCAUAAGUGCAGGGUUUGCUAAGUUCCUCCUGCUCCGCUUUGUCCUUAGUCACACGGAGCUGCAGUGCAGCUCGCAAGGUGGAGGAUUUCAGCGGCGGCAGCUGGAACCGCAACAAAAGUGAGAAACUAAGUGGCUUUUAAUCGUAAAAUUUGCUUAAUUAACAAAAAACAAUAAAUCACACAAAGAUUGUUCACUUUUGUAUUGAAAUCAUUAAACGAAUGCAAUUGUAGCCAGUUGUCCAAGAGUAAACGAAUAAAUGUAGGACACAUUCGCCGUUUGUAAUAGAUCAAAAA